AAAAAAUCACAUAUUUGGUAUCUAGGGUUAUUUUUGUCAUGGAUACCAAAAACGAUAUAAAAUAAAGAUCAUGUAUCAUUUAUGUGCGAAAGUGAAAGGUUAUGUACUUCACUCCUAUAAAUAUAACCCUCCCUUUUAUGACUUCCUUUCUAAGGAAAUAGUUUAAACAUCAUUUCAAUUUUUAUGGUUUACAAAUAAUUGUUUUUACUAACUUAUUUUGGACUUUUCCAAUCAAUGAAAAACGAAUUAUAUUCUCCAACCUCUUCUUGAUGAGCUAAAUAGUAUUUAUUAAAUUGUUUAAUUGAGAAAGAGUAUAAUACUGCAUUAUUCCGAGUCAAAUGUCCAACAAUUAAAAAAGAGCAAACUCAACGGAUCUAGAUCUUAAAUUAUGUAAGAGUUGUAAUGUUCUUGAUCAGCUUUAAAGUCUAAUAUAUUGUAUUUUGGCAUGAAAAAAAUUAAUUGAUCUUCACCCUUUUCAAAUCAAUAGAAAAGAAAAAAUAGCUGAAAAAGGAAGCCAUGGGAAAACUUAACACUCUAAUCCUAGUGAUAUUUUUGUCAUCAUUGUGGCUUCCGCCGCCGCAGACGGAAUCAAUGCAUACCGGCGAAAAGAGGAAGGUCACGCGCCUCCGCUUCUACCUCCACGACUUCAUCGGCGGGGACAGCCCCACCGUGUGGGCGGUGGCGCGUUGCAACCUAACCGACGUCCUCCCGUCCAAGUUCGGCAAGUUUCUCGUGCUCGACAACCUCGUGACCUCGGGCCCCGGCCUCGACUCCCCCGAGGUCGGGCGCCUACAGGGGACCGUGGGCCAGGCCGACCUUCACGAGAGGGCCCUCGUGAUGGUCUUGAACCUCGUAUUCACCAAGGGGGAGUACGAGGGGAGCACGCUCAGCAUUCUGGGGCGGAACCCCCUGACCCAUGAGGUCAGGGAGAUCUCGAUCGUGGGUGGCACUGCCGCGUUUAGGAUGGCUACCGGUUAUAUUCUCACGAGGACUUAUUUCAUGGACCCCGCUGGUGUUUGUAAUGUGUACGAGUACGAUGCGGUUGUGUAUCAUACGGAUCGUAAUGUUUUGUUAUCGCAUUAGUUUUUUUUUUUUUUGGUUAACAAUGUUGAGAACACUGUUGAUUUACGGGAAUUCAGGUUUGUAAAUUCAAUAUUGUUGUACUCUUCAGCGUGACACAUCGUGUUUCAAAAUGAAAUAUAACUUAGGAA